AUGGCGGCGUUGUGGAGGGCUAUGCGUUCUGUGAGUAGCGGUACAUGUGUUGGUGCGGUUACGAGGCGAGCUGCUUCUUGUCGUAAAACCCAGUUCAGCACCGACAGUCGUGGCGAAUCGGGAGGAGACCCAGAGGCUGAUGUGAGCAGUUCUGCGGCAGAAAAACCGAAGAGCGGCUUUGCCGCCGCAUUCGAGCUUCACGCAGACCUGCAGCAGAAGCAGGAGCGAGCGAGCGGGGACUUCCGCCAGUCCUCUGCGGGGGAGAAGACCUUUGCUUACAUGCUGCGACACUCUCCUCUGGUACAGAUGGGUCCAACCAAGGACAAAAUCGCCGUGGGUAAGAUCUUCCACAUUGUUGAAGACGACCUAUACAUUGACUUCGGGGGCAAGUUUCACUGUGUGUGCAAACGGCCGGCGGUGGACGGGGAUAAAUACCAGCGCGGCAGCCGGGUGCGUCUACGCCUGGUUGACCUGGAGAUGACCUCCCGUUUCCUGGGGGCAGACACGGACACCACCUUACUUGAAGCCGACGCUAUUCUUCUCGGACUAAUCGAAAGCAGAGAUUCACGACCUAAAGAGUAGGCGAUGCAAAUUGGACUUGGAGUGGGACGUUUUAGAGAACGUGUCGGCGAAUGACGCUGAGUCAGGAAGCAAGGCUUUCUUUUGCACCUGUUACUAUUCUGCUACUUAUUGUCUGAUAAUAAAUGCGCGCACAGAA